AAUCUCCUCGCAGAAAGGCGCGUCUUUUGGAUCGCUCACCCAUGUCGUCCAAGACCCAGCUCGGAACCCUAACCCUAGCCUGCGUGAUGUCAGAGGACGACGACGAUGAUUUCCAGAAUCCUAGCGAGGCCUUCUCCGUCGCCCAGAGCCGGAUCCUAUCAUCACUUAAUGAUCCGUGCUUGCGCGCACGGAAACCCGCCGAUGCUUCCCGCCCCAGGAAGCGGCCACGAAAGGCCGCCGCAACAGCAGCCGAAGGUAAAGAAAAUCGAGAAAAUUCAAGAGGUCUUCAAGUAGCUGCUCCGUUUUUCAGCAUUUUGGCCAAGGAUGAGGAGCGAGUAAAGCUGGGAAGGGGGGAUUGUUCUUCGAUUGGAAGCUCUUUGAUUUCUUCAUCUGAUUCUUGUAUUCCCCUCGUGGCGUCCGGGACCGUGAUGCAAUUUGAUUGUAGAAAUGAACUCCAAAAUGAGGAGUAUUCACUUUUCCAAUCUGCUGAUUCGAAGGCUGCGGAAGGUGGGAAAUAUGAAGACGGAGGCUUUAGAAAUUUCAAGGCGGCUUACUCUUCCAGAUCCAUUGAGUCAAGGUUGUUGGCGUCGAAAGAAAAAUCAGUUGCUAACAUCAAUAUCGGUGGCCACUUGGUUGAGGACGAUUGUGAGGUUUUAGAGGUUGGCACACAGCUAAAUGAAUUGAUAAAUCUCUGCUGCGGCAUGGAUGAAGGAGGUUCCUCACAUGGUGGAGUCUUUGAAGGAAAUGAGGUCUUCUGCGAAACAAUUGACUCAGAACAAUUUACUUCAGUAGCGUGUCCACUAUGUGGGGAAGAUAUUACUGAUUUUAGUAACGAGCUGCGAGAGAUUCACACAAAUGAUUGCCUCGACAAGGUUGGAACUACGGAGGUAGCUAGUCACACUGAUGAGGCAAAAUCAAGUUCACCUGAUGUGGUUGAUACCGGCCCUGUCAUCCAAUGGUUACAAUCUUUGGGCCUCUCCAAGUACAAAGACGUUAUUGUAAAGGAAGAGAUUGAUUGGGAAACACUCCAGUCAUUAACAGAAGAGGAUCUGCUGAACAUAGGUAUAGAUGCCCUUGGACCAAGAAAAAAGAUUAUCCAUGCGCUCAAUGAGCUUCGGCAGAAUAAACUUGUCCAAUACAUGGAUAAAAAUACUUCUGCAGCAAGUAAUGAGAAGAUAAAACUACAAGUACCUGGAAAUAAAUUGAUCACAGAGUACUUUCAUGGUUCUUCUGUUGAUGGGCAGAGAGUUCAUAAGACCAGCAAGCCACUUAGUGAAAAAGCAUCCAAGGCUCCAAUUCCUAAGAGAGCUUCUACCGCUACUAGAAGGGCAAAAUUUAGAGACACACCACAAUGGUGUUGCAUAGCUGGGACUCCAUUUCGAGUGGAUGCAUUUCGCUAUUUAAGAGGAGAUUGCUCUCAUUGGUUUCUAACACAUUUCCAUAUGGAUCAUUACCAAGGUCUUACAAAAAAUUUCUGCCAUGGGAAGAUUUUUUGCUCCUCAAUCACAGCGAACUUGGUAAAUAUGAAGAUUGGUGUGCCAUGGGAUAGAUUGCAGAUUUUACCCUUGAACCAAAAAAUUACUAUCGCAGGUGUCAGUUUGACAUGUUUUGAUGCAAACCACUGCCCUGGAGCUAUAAUUAUUCUUUUUGAACCACCUAAUGGCAAGGUAGUUUUACACACAGGAGACUUCCGCUUUUCUGAAGAGAUGACGAACAACGCUCUGUUGCAGUCAUGUCAUAUACACACACUUAUUCUUGAUACAACCUAUUGUAACCCUCAAUAUGAUUUUCCUAAACAAGAAGCAGUUAUACAAUUUGUAAUUGAGGCAAUUCAAGCUGAAGCCUUCAAUCCAAAAACUCUCUUCUUGAUUGGAAGUUACACAAUUGGAAAAGAGAGGCUGUAUCUGGAGGUUGCUCGGAUUUUGAAAAAGAAAGUCUAUAUUGGAGCUGCAAAGCUAAGAUUGUUGAGGCAUUUGGAACUUCCCGAGGAGGACAUGAAAUGGUUGACUGCAAAUGAAAUGGAGAGCCACGUUCAUGUGGUUCCCAUGUGGACACUCGCAAGUUUCAAAAGAAUGAAAUAUGCAGCUAGUCAAUACUCUGCUCGCUACGAUCUUAUUGUUGCUAUCUCACCUACUGGCUGGGCGUAUGGAAAAGGCAAAAAGAAGACUCCUGGGAGAAGGUGGCAGCAGGGCACCAUUAUCAGGUACGAAGUUCCAUACAGUGAACACAGCAGCUUCACAGAGCUGAAAGAGUUUGUUCGAUUCAUCUCCCCGCAACAAAUAAUCCCAAGUGUAAAUAAUGAUGGCCCACAGUCUGCUGACGCCAUGAUUUCCCUUCUUGCGGGUGCGGCAGAUUAAAGUUUGUUCUCUGUUCAAACUCGAAUCAAGCUCUCCUCUCAGGAUCAGAUUUCUGGGCUCAAGAAAAACUAGCCUGAUUAAUAUCUUCAACUUUCUUCAAGCGUUGCUGAAGUGGUAAGGAAAAUGCCAACAUGAAAUAAAUUCUUUAUAGGCAUUCGUUGUUCCACUUGGAAUGUAAUCUCUUGUUUAAUCAUUGAGUUAUCUGAUAGCACGAAAGGACUCUAUUUUAUAUGUGAAACAGUAUAUGGAGGCCCAUGUUUCAUUUAGUAGUUCAACGACGAAGCUUUUUGGUUCCCAAGAAAAUUGUCACAUAAAAAAUAAUGAAACAUUGUGUUUUGUUUA